AUGGUGUUUCUGAUAACGAGUUCUAAUUCUCGAGUAUACGGCCAAUGUUUGAGGGAUCAAAUGGCCUCAUUGCUUAAAUUGAAGCAUGAACUUACAUUUGAUUCUUCUAUACCAAAGAAAAUAGUUAGGUGGAAUAGAAACAUAGAUUGCUGCUUGUGGUCGGGUGUAAGUUGUGACGAAGAAGGUCAUGUGCUUGUGCUGGAGUUGGACAACGAAGCCAUUUCUGGCGGAGUUGACAACUCAAGCAGUCUCUUCGAUCUUCAACAUCUUGAGAAGCUCAAUCUGGCUUAUAACGACCUACGUUCUCUUCCAAUACCAACAGAUAUUUAUAAGCUUUUAAACUUGACGUACCUGAAUUUGUCACAAGCUGGUUUCGAAGGGCAGAUUCCAGUGGAAUUGUCAAGAUUGACGAAGUUAGUAGUUCUUGACAUUUCUACUUAUAAUGACAUUGUAGGUUUUCCUUACUCUUUAUUAAGUCUAGAGAGCCCUGAUUUGGGGACACUCGUUGGAAGUCUAGCAAAUCUUAGAGAACUUUACCUUGAUGGUGUGAAUGUUUCAUUGAAGGGGAGUGAGUGGUGCUCGGCGUUAUCUUCAUCUCUACCUCAAUUGAGAGUUUUGUCAAUGAGAUACUGUGAAAUUUCAGGCCCAAUUGAUCCUGUCCUGGUAAAUCUUCCUUUCCUUUCAGUUAUUCGUCUCGAUAUGAAUAACUUGUCCACUAUGGUUCCAGAUUUUUUGGCAGAUUUUACGAAAUUGACAACUUUAAGUGUUAGAUGGUGCAAUUUGUUUGGUUCAUUUCCCAGUAAAAUCUUUCAGGUACCAACUCUACAACAACUUGAUCUGUUAGGCAACGUAAACCUUACCGGCACUUUACCUGAAUUUCCACAGAAAAAUGCAUUAAGGGAGUUGAGUCUUAGGGAGACGAGUUUCACCGGUUUGCUUCCAAAUUCAAUUGCUAACCUUCGAAGUUUGAUUACACUAGACUUAUAUGAUUGCAAUUUCAGAGGACCUAUUCCGUCAACAAUGGGAAAUUUAACGAACCUAGUUUCAUUAGACUUGUCAAACAACAACUUUACUGGCUCAAUCCCGCUGUUCCAUGAGGCUAACAAGCUCAAUUACAUUGACAUUUCUAAUAACAACGGUCAACUUUCUUCUGCUCAAACUCAAUUAGCCGUUCUCCUUUCCCUCCCCUCAUUGCAGUACCUUUAUCUUUAUAAUAGUCAUUUAAGUGGAGAAAUCCAUGAAUUUCCAAAUGCAUCCUCCUCUGUUCUGGAAACACUUUAUUUGAGCAAUAACCAUCUAAAUGGAUUGAUCCCCCGGUCUAUCUUUAAACUCAAUAGGCUUUCACAACUCUCACUUUCUUCCAACUCCUUCAGUGGGACCAUUAAUAUCGAAGCGGUAAAUGGACUUCCUAGGCUAACCACCCUUGACCUUUCAGACAACAAAAUUGAAGGGAAAAUACCAAAUUGGGUUUGGACAGUUGCAAAACUGAAUCUUUCUCACAAUCUCUUUGAGUCACUGGAAAAACCUUAUUAUAUAUCUACUACUUCUAUUGUCAUUGACUUGAGUUUCAACAGGAUCAAGGGCAAUCCACCGUUUCUACCAGAUCGCUUUGCAAACUGGAAAAGUAGUAUUACUUACUUUUCAAUUGCCAAUAAUGAAUUUACGGGAUCAAUAUCCUCUUCCAUAUGCAGUCUAGAUCAGCUUCAAUUCCUUGAUAUGUUGAAUAACUCCAUAAGCGGAAAAAUACCUCCCUGUCUAAUCCAAAUGCUGGCUAUGAGUCUCGUAGUGUUGAAUAUAGGGAGAAACAAUCUAAGUGGCAUUGUUCCUGAUACAUUUCCGCUGAAUUGCAGUUUGGAAACUUUAGAUCUCAGUAGGAAUAUGUUAGAAGGAAAAGUUCCAAGCUCCUUGCAAAGAUGUGAACCUUUGCAAGUUUUGAACAUUGGAAACAACAAGAUCAAAGAUACAUUCCCGUGCAUGUUGAAGAAAUUAUACAGUUUUCAUGUCCUAGUCAUAAGGUCGAACAAGUUCUACGGGAAUCUCCAGUGUUCUGUUGCUAAUCAAACUUGGUCAAGGCUUCAAAUUGUGGAUCUUGCUUACAAUAAUUUCAGUGGUGAUCUGCUACCGCAUUACUUCUCCAGCUGGGAAGGCAUGAUGCAGGGCAACAAUCCAUACCCAUGGGAGCAGUACUUAAGUGCUGAUAAUCUGUAUCAAGACAAGGUGACUUUAACUAUCAAAGGUUUAACAGUGGAAUAUGUGAAAAUUCUUGUGGUUUUAACUUCCAUUGAUUUCUCUUGCAACAACUUUCAAGGGGAGAUACCGGAGACAUUGGGAGAUCUCAAAUCACUAAUCCAUCUUAACUUCUCGCACAAUGCUUUGACCGGAAGAAUACCAAAUGCCCUUGGAAAUUUGACUCAGCUUGAAUCCUUAGAUUUCUCAGUUAACCAUUUACGUGGGAGGAUUCCAGACGAGCUCGUGAGUCUCACAUUUCUUGCUUUCUUGAACCUAUCUUUUAAUCAACUAUCUGGUAGGAUUCCAAGUGGUAACCAACUUCAGACGUUCUCAGCGAAUUCCUUUGAAGGGAACACAGGGUUGUGCGAUUUACCUUUAAAGAAAACGUGCAGUGAAACCAAAGUGAAUGGAUCAUCACAAUUACUUAGCAGCCAUUCUGAACAUGAAAUUGAAGGGAAAUAUAUAAGUUUUUCCUUGGGAUCUUCUGUUGGCUUUGGCAUCAUAAUCUGGCUGCUUUUGCAUAGUCAAAGAUGCAAUGAGCUCCUUGAUAGACUUCUUUUCAGAAUGUUGGAUCGACACAAAAAAAGGCGCAUGAAUAAAAAUCUUUGAAGGUGGUCAAGUAUAGCUUUGAUGUUUGAUCUUUUACAUUCUGUUUAAAGGAGUUCAUAAUACUAUUGUUCACUUUGUUUUUCCUUUGUUUUCUGUAUGGUAAAGAGUGGUGUUUGAAUUUUAA